AUGGCUAAAUCAUCCAAUAUCAAGCCUAUUUGGCAGCCCAUUUUGCCACCAGACCAAAUCCCCAUGAACGUCUAUCGCGCCUAUAUCAACCGAAAGUUUAACCAGCGACUUGGCUCCUCUCAAGAAUUGCAUCAAUGGUCUGUUGACAAUUUGCAAGAUUUCUGGGUCGAUCUUCACGAUUAUACAGGGAUUAUUCCGUCGUUGCCUUCGACGGUGACCUCUGCUUUUGAUGAUAGCAUACCUAUGGAGAAUGUGCCUGAAUUCUUCCGCGGAGCAAGCGUCAACUAUGCGGAAAAUGUGGUCUCUGGUCGGGACUUGAGCAAGGCUGCUCUUGUUGGAGUUCGCGAGGGUCAAGACCUAGUUGGCCUUUUCCUGGCGACAGCAAGCAUUGGAGCCAUUUGGACUAGCAUUGCACCGGAUUUGGGUGACGAAGGCUGUGUAUCUCGAUUGCAGCAAGUCACUCCUCGCAUCCUCUUCGCAGAUGGUGAGUCGACGUACAAAGGGAAGAUGCGAUCGAAUGUUGCCAAGAUUCAAAAUAUCUUCAAGGCUAUGAAUACAAAGCCACAGGUGUUCUUGAUUCCAAUCACUGGCGCUCACGAGCCAGCAUUUCCCUGCCUGGAUGACUUCCUCUCAAUUUCACGGAACGAAGAUGAGCUCGGGUUCAAGAGAGUGUCUUACUCUCAUCCUCUUUAUAUCCUCUAUACGAGUGGUACUACCGGCCAGCCAAAAUGCCUGGUACACAGCCACAGUGUCAUUCUACAGCACAAAAAGACAUCUGUGUUGCACAACUCUCUCACAUCCGACGAUGUCGUCUUCCAGUAUAGCAGUACAUCUUGGGUCUUAUGGAAUAUCAUGAUCGGCCAUCUCUCCGUAGGCCCAACUCUGAUUCUAUACGACGGAUCACCUUUGUGGCCCAGUGCAAAGGAAAUGGCGAAGAUCGCAGAGUACCACCGAGUCACUUACUGGGGCUGUUCGCCUCGUUAUUUGCAAGAGCUUGAGAUGACCGGUUGCAUCCCAAAGGAUGAGUUUGACCUGUCCUCUCUCCGCAUGGUGCAAACGGGAGGCUCGCACCUUGGUGAAGACCAAUAUCACUGGUUUUACCGAUCAUUCCCGCCAACUGUUCAUCUUACCAGUGUCACUGGAGGCACUGAUCUGGUCACUUCUUGGAUUGGAACCGACCCAGCUGGUCCGUUGUAUCCUGGGGAAAUCCAGUUGCCUAUGCUGGGGCAGGAUGUAGAUGUUGCUGAUCCUGUCACUGGAGAAUCAAUCAAACAUACUGGCAGACAUGGCGAGUUUGUCUGCCGCAAACCAUUUCCAUCGAUGCCUGUCUUUUUCUGGGGUGAUAAUGAUGGAGCAAAAUAUAAGAGCACGUAUUUUGACAAGUUUGAGAACUGCUGGGCUCAGCAUGACUGGGCAAGUUAUAACCCGCAAACAAAGGGUUGGCAAAUCCAUGGGCGAAGCGACGGUGUCCUGAACCCGCAGGGGAUCCGAUUCGGAAGCUCCGAUAUCUACUCAGUCACUGAGUCCGCUCCUUUUAACUCGGUUAUCUCAGCGACCUUAUGCAUCGGUCGGAGAAGACCUCAUGAUUCCGAUGAAGUAGUCUUUUUGUUUGUCAUCAUGCAGUCCGGCAAGUCCUUCACCGGUCAACUCGCAGUCGAGUUGAAAGAUGCAAUUCGCAGAGGGUUGAGCAGUAAACACGUUCCUCGCUUCAUAGUUGGAGUGAAAGAAGUUCCCAUGACGGUAAAUGGUAAGAAGGUCGAGACCUUGGUUAAGCAGGUCAUCUCGUCUGGCCAACUGCCGAAGACUAUCAGCAGCACCGUGGCGAACCCAGGGUGUCUGGAUCAUUUCAGGCAGUACUAUGAUCUUGAGGUACAGAGUGGCGAUAGAGGCAAACUAUAG